GGUCGUGUCAUUUAUGCGUAGCGGUUGUUGUCCGCUGCAGUUAUUAAUUAUUAUCAUACAAUAAGUUAUUGUAAUAAAAUAGGGUAUCAUAAAAUUGUUUUUGUGUUUGAAACCGACGCGUUGUUAUGUGAAACUGAGAAUUUAGAGUUAUUGUCGACUAUUGUGGUUAGUUUUUUGUUUGUUGUUUAAUUAGUUUUAUUAUUAUUAGCACAUGUGUGUGAAGUGAAUUCUUUUAAAUAGCUGAAGUGUAAGAUGUUAUCACAAGUAAUUCAAGUUUGAGUUGGUUUGGUGUUGUCAUCUGUUUUGUGGAUUUGAUUUGAAUGUGAAAGUACCAGGGGAGCAUAAUGUACGAGUAUUUUCUCGAGAUUGCGUUCGAGGCCGAACUCAACACCAAAGAGGAUCCGGAGCUAGCUGCCGUGGCGCUGGAGCAAUGCAACGAGAACCCGGACACAAGAAUGUUAGCUAUUAACGAACUUAGAAAAAUGAUCAUUGAACGAGAUGAAGUCAAGCCACAUCGCACAGAUGACGAGUACCUACUCAGAUUUCUCCGCUCAAGAGAUUUCAUCAUACGUAGAGCUUAUAGACUGCUAGUUCGUUACUACGCAUUCCGAGAACAAUAUCCGGGUCUGCAGCAAGGCGUGGACCUGUGGGGGCUGGUCAAGAUCCGGGACAUCUACGAAGGGGUCAUCUAUGAUAAGCCUGAUAUCGGCAGAGUCUCCAUAAUAAGGUUUGGUACAUGGGAUCCCAGUGAGUUGCCCGCGGACUAUCUGUUGAGGUCUGGCCUGGCAGUCGCGGAGAUCGGCAUCCGGCAGCCGAAGCUGCAGGUCCUCGGGACUACAGUAAUCUUGGACCUGGAGGGAACCACGAUGAGGCAGUUGACAGCUGUCACUCCCACUUUUGCUUACCAAAUAGUUUCUAUACUCGGGACAUCAGUACCAUCAAAAAUAUGGUCGAUCCACAUCAUCAACUACUCCUGGAUAAUCAACACAUUCUUCUACAUCUUCAAGCGAUUCAUCCCCGUGGGCUUCUUGAACCGGAUCCACUUCCACGGCAAUGAUAUGAAAUCUCUCCAACAGCACAUACCAGCCGAAUGUCUGCCAAAGAGAUAUGGUGGCACAUGUAGGAACCACAUUCCUCUUGGUCUUUGGCUGCAGAAGAUUAAGAAGUACCGCGAUGAACAGUUUGAUAGGGAGAUGAAAGAUCUCGGUUAUGUUGUAAAGGAAUAACUAAUAAGGUGUAACAAGUGACGUCACCGGGAGGUCUAAGGGAGGGCAGAGGCAUUGCCUGAUGGAGCCCGAGUACAGAAGCAAAGAGAUGGGCGAAAGGUCACCUCUGAGACUCGGACUUCAACCUUCGGGAAGGGUGUUUUGGCCUGAGUGUAUCCGGGCGCCCCCGAGAUCGUUAGUUAAAAAGCCCACGUAAGGGGGACGCCAGAUGUCGAGGAUAUGUUGUUUAGUGUGUAGUGAGCUGUUAAGCUGUUGUAAUACUCGUGAAUCCAAAACACAGCCUCAACAAAAAUCUUCUAAGCUUAUCAAAUAAACUCGAAACUUAUUAGAAAAUAUUUUUUGUAAACAUUUAUUAAUUAUUUUUUAAAAUUUAUUUGUGUAUUAAAUAUAAAUUUGACGUGAAUGGAAAUGCUAGUCCAAAUAUUAUCACAGUAAAUGUAGAAAAAUGGUGAAAACAUUAAUUAUGUUUUAAAAUUAAAUGAUUUCUUUUUAAAAAUAUUACUGUAAAGAAUGUUAUAAUUGGCUGUGAUAUUAUACAUAUAAACAUUUAAGUUAACAUUAAUUUGGUGUAUUUAAGAUUUAUAUUUUGUAGUAGUUAAGUAAUAUUUGAUAUUAAUUAAUAUUAAUUAAGCAAAGAGAGAAUUAGUUCAUAAUAAAAAAUUUGUACGGGGUGAAUUUUAACAUAGUCGGGAGUUUUUGUUUCAGU